AAUUCAUGAUACACUUGUCUUUCGGGACGUUUGCUUCUAAAAAUGGAAGUCACAGUGAACCAGUGACAGUUGUCCCGAAAGUGGCUAAUGAGUGGCACCACAUCGGUGGUGUCGGCGCCCCCCCCCCCCUCUCCAGUCGCGGCCCGCCACGGCAGAUUCGUGUCGGGUCCUGCCGGCUGCCGAGUGCUGAAUGUGUGACGUCACGGCCACAACACUCACCAUCCUGUGACGUCAUCACCUCUGGACCGGCUCAGCUGCAGCAGUGGCGGCACAAGGAAGCGCUGAUGGUGGGAAAACCUAUCUUUGAACAGCACUCGCUGAUUCGAGCAGAAAUACGCCUUUUCUCUCACAGGCUAAUAUCAGAGAAGAUAGGUCGCAAGGUCAGCCAGCCCUCCCCAGACUAGUGCCUGGAGUCGCCCCUGCCGGAUCAUCAGCACAGCAGCCGUAUAAAAGUCGGUUCCGUCGCUCGUUCCGUAUUCAUCAGCCAGCCUCUGCUGUGCGCCCUGAGAGCAGCAGCCGGUCACCGAGCCCCCACACCGCCAACAUGCUGAAGUUCAUCGCCACCGUUGUCCUGGUGGGGACACUGUGCGUGGCGCAGCCGCUGCCCGUCGACGAAACGUCGCUGCGCGGCGUCUUCCAGGCCAUGCUGGGCCAGCUGGACUCGAACGGGGACGGCCGCAUCACCCUGGCAGAGUUCCUGCCGCUCUGGCGGCCCAGCCAGCCCAACUUCACCGACGACCAGUUCCGCAUCGAGUUCGACGCGCUCGACCGGGACGGCGACGGCGCCGUCUCGGAGACGGACUUUGUGAGCGCCGCCAGCCACCCGGCGCCGCCGGAGCUGGUGCCGCUCAGUUUCCAGUCGGCCGACGCGGACGGGGACGGUCACCUGACAGAGGCCCAGGCCGACCAGGUGGCGGAGGCGCUCAACCUAGCCGACGCCGAGCACGUGCGCUACGCCAUCCAGCACGCCGACCACGACGGAGACGGCACCUUCGACCUGGCAGAGUUCGUGGACGCCACCGAGGCGCUGCGACGCGGCGGAGCGUGAGCCCUCGGCCCGUCACGGAGGAGCGGAGUUCGGGCAGGGCCCAGGGGGUCAGCGGGCAGAGAAACUGUGCGUCCAUGAAUCUGUCGUUUGUAACGUGUUAUGAAAAUGUAUCUUAGCGUGACCAGCAGUGGUGAGUACAAAUAAAUGAAAGAAUUUAACGG